AACAGUGGCUAAUGUAAGCCUCAACAGCAGCGACGGUUUGAUGGGACCAACUAACUUUUAUUGAAUUCAGUCACUGGCUGGCCGCGAUCGCGUGAACAACGUGCUGGGAAUAUAAGUCUGGAUAAAAUUUGAUUAUUCGGUUGUGUUUUGCAAAAUUAAUUAUUGACUAAAAGUGUUUCCUAUCACAAAUUGUGCAAGUGUAAAAGAAUUGAACGCGCCCAGCUGCAUUUUCAAGUCUGAGCGAGCAAUGGCUGUCAGAAGCACCCCAAUGGCGCUCUCAUUUCUCCUGGUCCUUGUUGGCCUGGCCAAUGCCUAUGAUCACACACUGAAACUGGACUUUCCGGGUCCCUAUUGUGCGCUAGAGAACACAUGCUGCAAGAAUCGCAUAGAUGGCUGCUCACUGCCAAUAUCAACGACAUUGUGCUAUUGCGAUGAGUUCUGUGAUCGCGAUGUAGGCGGUGACUGCUGUCCGGACUAUCGCUCGUUCUGCUUCAAUGAGCCGGAUCCGGUGCUCAGCUGCCUGCACAAUGGCGUCUACUUCCACAAGUACAAUACGACGUGGGAUAAUUGUAACGAGUGCCGUUGCCAGGACGGCGGCCAUGUGCAGUGCGACACGGAUCUGUGCCUCACCGACGAUGCGCUCAUCCACAGCGUCAACUCUAUUCACCAGCUGGGCUGGUCGGCGCGCAAAUAUGACGAGUGGUGGAGCCACAAGUACAGCGAGGGAUUGCGUCUGCGCCUGGGCACCAAGGAGCCCACUUUUCGUGUCAAGUCAAUGACACGUCUGACCAAUCCAUCUAAUGAUCUGCCCAGGAGUUUCAAUGCCGUAGAGAAAUGGUCCACUUUCAUAUCAGAGGUGCCCGAUCAGGGCUGGUGCGGCGCCUCCUGGGUGCUCUCCACCACCUCGGUGGCAUCCGAUCGCUUUGCCAUCCAGAGCCAGGGCAAAGAGGUCGUUCAGCUCUCGGCCCAGAACAUACUCUCGUGCACACGUCGCCAGCAGGGUUGCGACGGCGGCCAUCUGGAUGCUGCCUGGCGUUAUAUGCACAAGAACGGCGUUCUCGAUGCGAACUGCUAUCCGUACAUUCAGCAGAGAGACACGUGCAAGGUUCAGCGCCACAGGGGUCGCUCCCUCAAGGCGUAUGGCUGCCAGCCGGCACAUGGCGUCAAUCGGGACAAUUUCUACACUGUGGGCCCCGCAUAUAGUUUGAGUCGCGAGGCUGAUAUUAUGGCGGAGAUCUAUCACUCGGGACCCGUCCAGGCCACCAUGACCGUCUACAGGGACUUCUUCUCGUAUUCGAGCGGCGUUUAUCAGCAUACAGCUGCCAAUCGCGGUGCAGCCACCGGUUUCCAUUCGGUGAAGCUUGUUGGCUGGGGUGAGGAGCACAAUGGCGUCAAAUAUUGGAUUGCGGCCAAUUCGUGGGGUCCUUGGUGGGGCGAGCGCGGCUAUUUCCGCAUAUUGCGCGGAUCCAAUGAGUGCGGCAUCGAGGAAUAUGUGCUGGCCUCCUGGCCCCAUGUGUAUAACUACUUCAACACGAAGUCCAUUUAAGCGCGGAGCCGAGUGGAACCUCUCGUAAUCUCGAGCUAUAUGCAGUGACGAACAAUUUAUCUCAUGUUUUAAAAUUUUCCAUUUGCUACGACACUGAAAGUGAAUUAGGCGCUUCUAAUUGUAAAUUUAUGCUAGAAUUUAGUUACUAAAAAUGAUAAGCUUUAAGACGCGGUCAGACGACGCAAACAUUUGUUAACUGAGUCCACCUCAGCAACAGGUCCCCGCUCCAGGUCCCAGCUCCAGGUCCCAGCUCCAGGUCCCAGGUCCAGCACCCAACGAAUUAACUUUUGAAUAUGUUUAGCUAUCCCUCAACUUAAACGACUAACCCACGGAACUGUGCAAGUCCAUUCAUACCACGAAACUGCCACAUUAACUUCAACGUCCUGCCCUCCUUCAAGAUACACACACAAACAAACAUAAUACUGCCAUUGGAAUUCAUCCAGAAAGUGUUCGAUACGCGCUUGUUUCGAUUGUCAGGUUCGUUUCUCAAGAUGCUGCCCCAUAAGGUAUUCCACGGAAUGUGCAGCAACAAGUUGGAUUUAUGUUUGACGAAUUACUCUGUAUACUUAUGCACUCAUGUAUUCUAAUUGAAAGAUAAGUUAACUGAUUUAUUAUCCGGUUGAUAACACACAAUUCGGAUCUAUGAUGUAUGUAUAUUUUCAAUAAAGCAAUUGAAAAACCAUA